AGGCGGGGCGUAAGUGCGCGUUCGGCCGCCAUUGAGUUUGCGCGGGAAAAUACGUUCGGAAAAUUCUAGACAUGUUCGUUUUGAAGGCGUUGGUGCUCAGCGCUGUGUGCGCCUGCGUUUACUCUCAGGGGUACGACAGACCCAACACUACCCCGGUGCCCAUCCUCAAGCAGAUCAACAAGCAAAACGACGACGGCUCCUACAGCUUCGGCUACGAGGCCGCCGACGGCUCCUUCAAGAUCGAGACCAAGUACCCGAACGGGGACGUCGCCGGCAAAUACGGAUACGUUGACGCCGACGGCAAAGUGCGAGAGGUGUCCUACGGCGCGAGCAGCCAGCGAGGAUUUGAGCCACAAGGAACCGGAAUAAUGGUGCCACCACCCACCCUCAACGAUCCCAAGACGAACGCUCUCACCGACGGCCAAGAGGACGACGGACAGUACAGAGAGGAUCCCAGGAUAUACGAGGACUCCAAAUACAACGGCAGAACCGGCGCUCGACCCUCCAGCUCCUUCAACUUCAAGCAGCCUGCAGCCAGACAGCAGUUCCAGUCCUCCGACUUCCAGACCCAGGACUACCAACCGCAGGCGCCCGCUUACCAGCCCAGACCUCAAUACCAGCAGACUUACCAGCCCGCCCCGCAGAAGUCCCUGUUCACUCAGAGCAACCUGUUCGACCAGGCUCCCCAGCAGUUCAGCCAGCCCCAGCAGCCGCGAUUCAACCAGGACUUCAGACCCCAGAGCCAGAUCUACCACCAGCAGCCGCAGUUCUCCUACCAGUCGUACACGCCGCAGCAGCAGUACCAAAACUACCAGCCCCAGCCCCAGACUUACCAGAACAACCUGGACUUCAACCCCUUCGCUGGUCACCCCGCUCAGAACUUCGAUCCUAGCACCGGCUCCUACUCUAUCAACUUCACCGGUUAGGUUAUUAAUUAUUGUAACUUAAUUAUAAUCUUAUCUCAGCAUAUUUCGUAAGCAGUUUCGUGCACUACAGUUGUAAAUUGCUCAUGAAGUAAGGUUAUUUCUGUUAAAAUUUCAAUGUUUGGCGGAGGUCAAAUUGUUAGGAAAAAUGAGGAAACAACAAAUAUGUAUUUCACACUGUCUGCAACAUAUUAAAUGAAAUAAAUCUGUAAUGUAAAUACAAGCAAUAAUUGCAAAAGUAUAAUUUUCGUAGCAUUUGUUAUGUAAGGUAUACCGUAUACAAUAUACAUUCUGUAAAUAUAACUAGUCAGAAUAUUCAACAUAAUGUAAUUUUGUA